GACACCGUAACCUCCACCUUCAGUUGAAGAAGUUCUCUGGUGACGUGAGAAGGCUUAAGAACUAUCUCUGGACGCAAGAUGAAAUUGUCACCGGAGAUUCGAGUUUUUCCCCCUGUGAUAUUUACUUAUCUCCUCGGGCUUUCCUACGGUGAAGGGAACAACUCCAUUAUCGACAAAAACAACGAAUUUUGUGCUUUUGGUCAUAAUCAUGCUUCGUGCGACUUCGGGCAUGCCCAUGAGGCUACGGUAACCUUAAAUACCCUGGACCAGUCGAUUCAGGAGAUAGACAUCCAAAAUACCAGAAACCUCAGCUUGAGCGAAAACAUCUGUGCCCAGAUGAUAGUGCUGCAUGUUGGCCAGAUUUCCAUCCUCAGGAGAGAGCACACUCCAUGCGAUGAGCGACUGGAAUUCUCCAGCCUCAACUCGAGUUUUUCCAGAAUUCCAAGGCAGUUCAGAAACUUCUACCUGAGAAACUGCAGCAUCGCCUUCUUCUCCACGGAUGCUCUUUUGAGCAAAGUCGUGGUGGCCGCAUCUACCAUAGGCUUCCUCGAUAUCUCUGAGCCACUGGCUCACAAAGCAACGGUCGAAUUCAUCAACACAACUAUAGGAACGAUAGAGCGAGUGAGAGCGAAUGACGGUUCAGUUUUCAGAAUGACAAAUUCAGCCGUAGGUGAGAUAUCUCCCUUCGGAGUCAACGCUAGUGGUGGAUCGAUAAUCAUGCGUAAUUCUUCAGUUCGUAAGGCCACUGGAAGUAGCUUUAUCAUGCAGGGAAAUGCAUCAUUGACCCUCGAAAAGUUUAGUGGGAACCUGAAUGUUGUGUCACUUGGCCAUGAAACCUCUAAUUCUUUUUUAAUCGCUUUUAUCGUCUCUGUGAUUUUCAAUAUAAUCUUAUUUAUUAUAGCUCUGACAUUUCUAUUUUACUAUGUAUGUUCCUAUAGAAACAGGAACAGAAAAUCCCCAGAAGUUCAGAAAGAAGAUAUUUCCCAAAAUAAUGCUAGGUUGCCUAAUCAAUCUGGAUCUCUUUCACAUCAAGAAGAUGCUCCACUAGUUCCAGAAGAGAAAAACAAUGCACAACAUAACUCUAGUUUGCCGAAUGACCCACUAGUUCCAGAAGAAACCAAUACUCAGGAUACCUCUAGUUUACAUUUUAUAGCCUCGAGGAAUUCUUAUGGAACUCCUUUGAUCAUGAUAAUGCCAACUAGUUCCAAAAUAACCAAUACUCAGAAUACUUCAAGUUUUACCUUUGAUAACUUCGAGAAUUCAUUUGGAACUGCUAUAGAUCAUGAUAAUGACAAGCUAGUUCCAGAAAUAACCAAUACUCAGAAUACUUCAAGUUUACCUUUGAUAACUUCGAGGAAUUUAUUUGGAACUCCUUUAGAUCAUGAGAAUGGCCCACUAGUUCCAAAAAUAACCAGUACUCAGAAUACUUCAAGUUUACCUUUGAUAGCUUCGAGGAAUUCAUUUGGAACUCCUUCAGAUCUUAAGAAUGACCCACUAGUUCCAGAAGAUACCAAUACUCAACAUAACUCUAGUUUGCCUAUGGUAGCCUUGGGGAAUUCAUUCGGUACCCUUUCUGAUCAUGAGAAUGACUCACUAGUUUCAGAAAUAACCAAUACUCAGAAUACCUCUAGUUUGCGAAUGGAAGAGUCUGAAUCUCAUACAAAUAGUAAAAAUGGUUUACUGGUUGGAGGAAAUACCAAUUCUCAAACUAAUUCUAGUUCCACAAACGAGGCUAUCGGUAAUGUAUCUGAAAUUCUUCCAAAUAAAGAAAAACAACCAAAAGAUCAAGGUCGUUACUCAAGGAACUUUCUGGCUUUAAAGAGAGUGUAUGAAUCAAGAAAUAAAGAAUGA